AUGAACGUCCAAGCACGAGGUGCCAUUGGAGCAAUCUUCUUCCUGAGCUCACUGGACGUCUCAGCCGCAGUGAAUCGAAGCGACAGCUUUCCUGAGCCCAUCUGGAUUGGUGACAACGCCCUGCAACAUGGGACAGUGGCCAGGCUUCUAGGCGACCCCCUGACGCCCGGUUACCCCUCGCACGGUGGCCUGCAUCGGCUGAGCGUGCAAGAAUCUGGCCUGCCCUCCAUCCCAGCGCAGCCGAUAAACGAGGACGAUGCCCGAGACAUAUUCCGGUACAUGACGGAAGUAGCGUGUCCUGAGCAGUGGGAUCCCCACUUGAAUGUCCAGUGCGCCCUUGUUUUGGAUCCCCACACGACGCUCCGGAUAAGGACGCACAACAUCAUGACUGUCGCCACAUUCGAGAACGUCAUCGGCAUGUGGAGGGGAAACAUCGAACCAGACCGGCUGGUGGUACUGGGCGCCAGGGCCUCGCGGAUAAUGACCAGCCCAAACCUCCAGAACCAGUGGUUUCCCGUAAGCCAGGUCCUGCAGCAGACCAUCGCCUUCCGAGCCCUGCGCCGCAUGGGAUGGCGCCCGCGGCGCAGCCUCGCCUUCGUGCUCUGGCACUCGGACGAGCACGGCGCCCAGGGCUCCGCCGAGUGGGUCGAGGACCGCGCCGGCCUGCUCCGCAAAGGGGGCGUGCUCUACGUGGACAACAGCCCGGUCGUAGGAAGUCUGUUCGAACCGCACGCGUCCCCGGGCCUGUUUUCAUCGCUGAGAGAAAUAACAAGCAGGGUGCAUCCAGAUGGACGGGAGGAAACGCUGAAGUCUACCUGGCAGUCGCAACCUCACACCCCAAAAAACGCUGACGGGGAACCAAUGGCGCUGCCCGUGACCGGCCAUUCAGACGACGGUCCGUUCGCUUUCGCUGCUGGGAUGCCUACCCUCGCUGUGUCCUUCGGUGAACAUUCUGUACUCGCCCGAAGGCAUUCCCUUUCCCGGCCUCGAAGAUGUGCUUAGGCUAAAGCCCGUCAACAAAGUAGCAUUCAGAAAACAUCUGGCCCUCCUUAUGGAAAGCAUCACACAAGCUACAGAACUAAUGACUGUAACCCCUUUUUAAACUUUGCUCUCUCCAGCCGGAGCUGGAGGACCCACUGGAAAUAAAAGGUACCCUCUAGACUCGGUAUCGAUGUAACCAAAACAAAAAGAAGAGGAAUUGCUGCCAGUAGCUCAAGUUAAACUAUGCAAAAUUAUUAUAAAUAAUAGAUUUAAAGUACAAAUCGUAUUCGGAAAAAAAAAAAAAUCUAGCGCGUUGUCAGAAACACCCAUUGAAGUCGUUUCUAUGACGUCAUCUGUUACACACUUAUUUUUUCCUGGCUCUGACGAAAACCAGCGAAAUAUGAAAAUAAUGACGUCACUGUACUAUUAUGCCCCUGGAUAUGGCAGCGCUUUCUAUCGUCUUUCGAGAGAAGGAAGCCCGCGAGAGCGCAGUCACGUCAUUAUUUUCAUAUUUCGCUGGCGUUCUUGUUAGUAAGGGGGGAAAAGGCCAUGUAAAAGAUAACGUCACGGAAAAAACUUCUUUGGGUGUUUUUGAACACGGCCCUACAACCUUUCAAAUACGACUUAGCCCUAAAACGAAUAUUGAAAUUUUUGCAUAACUAACCGUAAUUAAUUUGCUAACUCACCGCACUUCGGAUAAUAGAGUAUACCUCAAGAUGACGGCGAACAAUAUAGCUGUGGUCUCAUUCGUCUAAGGUGUAACACUCUAUUUUUAAACCUUGGUUGUAGUUACGUGAAACACCCGUUAUAC